CCAUGUGGGACAUGGAUUGUGUCCAAACUGAUUAACUUGUAUCAAUCCCAGCACUUAAUACAGUGUCUGGCAUGUAGAAAACGCUUAAAAGAUAGCAUAAAAAUAUUCCAGAAGAAGAGAUCUGUGGGGCCCUAAAGAAUUUAAAGGUCUUUGGGUGGACUUACUGUGGGCAUUAUCGUAACAUGGUGUAGGACACACACGAGGAUGCUCUGCAGUUCCCUGGGAAGAAAGCAAGGGACAGGAAUAAUCUUUCUCAUUUUUUUGGAUGGGAAACUUGAAGCCCAGGGAGGAGAGGCAUGAUUAAGUCACGCAAUGAACUGGGAGUGAGGGUGCUGAUUAUUGAGUGGUGAAGAUGGAAAAAGAGGGUUUUGGCUACCAUGAUUUUCUCCUGCAUUUUCUCCUUCUAGUGUGCAGAGAAUUCUUGGACAGACUCUACAACUCCUUACUCUCCAAAGACAUCCACUUCUCCGGAGACGUCAAAGAAAAGGAACUGACUGAUAUGUGCUUGGUCGCCAAAGGAAAAGAAAACCACCUGUGCUAUUACCUCGGGGCUACUAGCGACGCGGCCACAAAGAUCCUAAGCGAAGUGACUCACUCAAUGAAUGCCCACAUACCCGCAGUCAAGAUCUGUGAGAAAUUGAAGCGGAUAGACAGUCAGAUCCGCGAGUUCAAAUAUGAAAGGAAGUUGGACUUAGAAUCAGUGAAUCUAUUGAGGAUGAGAGUAGCUGAGCUGAAACGGAUUUUGGACAGCUGGGGAGAAGCGUGCACGGCCUGCGUGGAAAAAGCAGACUUUGUGAACGUGAUCAAAGAGCUGACCCCCAAGUACGCAGCCACAAGCCCCCGAUCGGAACUUUGAGUCACCCUGGUACCAAGUGAGGGCACUGGGGUGCUGGGCUUCCGAGGAAGACCUGGGGUGGAAGCAUCUGAAAGGUGACACGAAACAACUGGACUGUAUUGGUCAUUUCCGACUGGAGAGGGACCCUUGGUUUGCAGCUCACUCUGGGGUCCUGGCAGUGGAUCUUAGAGGGGUGUCCUCUGCCUCUGUAGACAAAACCCUAAUAGUUGUACUGGUGCUUUGCAUUGACUAUAUUACCUUUCUUCCAGAGAGCUCAAAGUGCCCUGGCUGUUAUUUCACAACUUGCUAGUAAGGGUCAGGGAAUAAAAUCAUCGUUUUGUUUUAGAAGUGGAAAA